AUGCCUUCUACUCUGCAAGUCCUUUCCCCCGUCAUGCUCAAGCUCCCAGUCGACAAAUGCGAACACUUUCCAACAGACGUGCACCGGCUCGACCCGGAGGGGGAUGUCACGCUAAUGCUGACUCGGCUUUUGGCUUAUGUUGAUGGUCCAGACAUGGUAACCGAGGGACCAGUCAGUGAUAUGCGUGUCAAAAUUGAAAUAGAUAAUGUCAUGAUCGAAGAAGAGGUGUUGAUUCACGUUUCCUCUCGACAUAUGACACUGGCUUCGUCCGUCUUUCGAGCAAUGCUUCAGCAACAGUUUGCCGAAAGUAACACUCUAAGCUUGACGGGAAGGGUUGACAUCGCGCUUCCUGACGAUGACCCAGAUGCACUGUUGAUUCUCUUGAACAUUAUCCACGGUCGUGUGCGGAAAGUGCCUCUGAGAGUGGAUCUUUCGACGCUGACUCAACUGGCUAUUCUGGUGGACAAAUAUGAUGUCCACGAAGCUGUAGAGCUGUUCUCGACUUUCUGGUUUGACAAUCUAAAGUCCACCAUCCCAAGCCACUUCACCAAUGAUAUACCGGCGUGGAUUUGUGUUUGCUGGGUGUUCAAUCGGCCAGAGGAGUUUUCAAUAGUCACUCGCCUUGCUCUCCGUCAAGGUAAACAAGCUAUUCCUCUAGGAGAACUCCCGAUUCCCUCUGCAGUGGUCGAAGCGAUUGAUCUUCGGAGACAGGAGACCCUUUCCCGGCUAAUGGAUACGCUUUACAGUCACAUUGAUGACUAUACUAAUAAUGAACACUGCAGCUUUGAAUGUGAUGCCCUCAUGUUGGGCUCCCUCAUCAAGCGAUUACGGACUCUAAAAAUAUUCCCCCAUCGACCAGACCCACCGUUUAUAGGAUUGUGUUUUGAUGAAUUAGAUAAUCGUUUCCGACAAGGGAUGUAUUUCCCCGCUGCACAACGCACCAGCAUCUAUUUUUACGAGCAUUCAAAGUGUGCCAUUCGCUCUCUUGACUCUACACUGAAGAAAUGCAAUGAGAGACUAGCUGGUCUAAAUCUGAGUGACUUCAAGUAA